UUUUGAUGUUUUGAGUUUAUGAUUCCUAUUUGUCUUCAUGCACAUUUUCUCCCUUAACAAACUCUCUUUACUCUUCAUGAUUAUUACCAAAAACAAAACACAAAAAUUUGAUUCCUUUUUUACAACACAAACAUGGGAACUAGUCUUAUGUUAAUUUCUCCACUGCCUCCAACCAAAACUCACAAAUUCACAUCUUCAUUAUUCCCUCUCAAAACCCAAACAAUAUCACUUCCAUCUUCAAGAAAAACUAGUACUAAGAUCCACAGCACAAGAAAGUUCGGAAAUUUCCUCAACUUAAAACCCGAGUAUCAACCCGAAGACUUAGAUUUCGACCUUCCAUGGCAUCAUCCUUCUGAUCGUUCUCAAUUCGACGUGAUCAUAAUUGGUGCUGGCCCUGCAGGCAUUCGCCUUGCGGAACAAGUUUCCCUUUAUGGAAUCAAGGUUUGUUGUAUAGAUCCUAACCCUCUAUCUAGUUGGCCUAAUAACUAUGGUGUGUGGUUAGAUGAGUUUGAGGGUCUUGGUCUAGAAGAUUGUUUAGAUAAAACAUGGCCUAUGGCUUCUAUUUAUAUCGAUGAUAACAAUACCAAGUAUUUGGAUCGUUCCUAUGGAAGGGUUAGUAGGAAGAAACUAAAGGAGAAAUUGGUUAAAGGUUGUGUUCUUAAUGGUGUUAGAUUUCAUAAGGCUAAAGUAUGGGAAAUUAAGCAUCAUGAGUUUGGGUCUAAUGUUGUUUGUGAUGAUGGGACAAAUUUGAAAGGGAGUUUAGUUGUUGAUGCUAGUGGUUUUGGUAGUAAUUUUAUCGAUCGCGAUGAUCAUAAGUUGAGAAAGAGAAACUAUGGUUGUCAAAUUGCUCAUGGUGUAUUGGUUGAAGUUGAUUCUCAUCCUUAUGAUUUGGACAAAAUGGUUUUGAUGGAUUGGAGAGAUUCCCAUUUAGGGAAUGAACCUUAUUUGAGAGAUGGUAAUUCUAAAGUUCCUACUUUUAUGUAUGCUAUGCCAUUUAGUUCAAAUUUCAUUUUUCUCGAAGAAACUUCGCUUGUUAGUCGUCCGGCUUUAUCUUACAUGGAAUUGAAAAGAAGAAUGGUUGCAAGGUUAAGACAUUUAGGAAUUAAUGUGAAAAGAGUAUUGGAAGAUGAAAAGUGUUUGAUUCCAAUGGGAGGACCUUUACCAAGGGUACCUCAAAAUGUGAUGCCAUUUGGUGGAAAUUCGGGUUUAGUUCAUCCUUCAACUGGUUACAUGGUAGCUAGAACAAUGGCACUAGCACCUAUUAUAGCUUUUUCUAUUAAUGAGUGUCUUGGUUCCACAAGAAUGAUAAGAGGGAAAAAUCUAUAUGCUAAUGUUUGGAAUAGUAUGUGGCCUAUUGAGAAAAGAUUUGCUAGGGAAUGUUACACUUUUGGAAUGGAGACUUUGUUGAAACUUGAUUUGAAUGGGACUAGAAGUUUUUUUGAUGCAUUCUUUGAUUUGAAACCUUAUUAUUGGCAAGGAUUUUUGUCUUCAAGGUUGAGUUUAAAGGAUCUUGUUUGGUUAAGCUUGUCAAUGUUUGGACAUGCCUCAAAUUCUUCUAGGUUUGAUAUUGUUACAAAGUGUCCUGUUCCAUUGGCUAAAAUGAUGGGUAAUAUUGCUUUAGAAUCUAUAUAAUGAUGAUGAUGAUGAUGGAAGGUUGUGAAAUACAAUUUUAUGGUUUUUUACUUCAUAGUUGAACUAGAAGAUU